AUGGCCCAUGAGCCCUUUUGGCUAUUGGUCGUCGUUACUUAUCUCGUCAAAACAGCGGGCACGCUGGCUAUUCCUACGUUUUACAAGAUCAAAGAGAAGUACCCUACGCCUGCCGCCCUGGCUGAGGCAGACCCAACUACCAUUAUGAAUAUGACGCACCACCUGGGUCUUUCUGUUGUCAGAACGGCAGCGAUUCAGCGAUACGCACGAUUGUGGUUAGAGAGACCACCUACGGCGGGAGUCCUUCAUAGAGUGAAGAACUACGACAAACGAGAUAGUCUAUUCAAUGCCAUUAUGCAACAUACGGAGGACGAGCACGAGGAGGAACACACUACACCAGCCGCUACAGACGACUCUUGGGAAAUGGGCCACUUCACCCAAGGCAAAUACGCACUUGACAGCUGGCGCAUCUUCUGCCGCGACGAACUCCUCGGGCGGGCGCAAGACUGGAAUGGCAAGGGCGCGGCACCCAACUUCCAGCCCGAGUGGAUGAGAGUACGACCCGACGACAAGGAGCUUCGGGCGUGUCUGCGGUGGAUGUGGAUGCGAGAGGGGUGGGAAUGGGACCCCGUCACCGGCGAGAAGAUGGUUCUGCGCGAAGAGAUGCGGAAUGCCGUCAACGAGAGACGGGUGGAAUAUGACGAAGUCGGCGGGCUCAAGAUCGUCGACGAGCCGCGAUCAGAGUGA